UAAAGAGAUUUGAAAAAUAUUUAAUUUUAAUUAAAAAAUUUAAUUGCAUACGCAUUUACGAAUUAAGCCACAAGUUUAUGAUGAAGAUGCAAGGAGCAAUAUUGUGUGGUAUGACGUAUAAAAUGACUCGAUUAUUGAUUGAGAGUUAGUCGCAGUAAGGCCGAUCAAUAAGGAGACUAGUACAGGUGCAGGCAGAAGAAACAUGGCAGGCGUUCUACUUCGAAGUCUUCACAACCUGGAAACUAUAGCGAACGAACCUACCGCUAAAUGGACCGUUCCUUUGAGCGACGGGAAUCACGUGGUGGAGUUUGAACAUGGAACAGCAACAGGCCGACGCGUGGUAAAAAUUGAUGGCAGUAAUAUAGUUCACAGAGAUUGGAUGUUUCGUCUGGUUGGUGAUGAAGUAUUUAUGUUCAAUAACACCAAGUUCGUGAUCAGAGUUGAUCCAAUGCCAGGUCUGAAAUAUUCGUACUCGUUGUGGGUGAACGGAAAGAGCUACAAACAGUUUGUCCAGACGCAGUCAAAAGUGUUAGAAACUUGGUUGGCCACAGUUGGGAACGAGGACUAUAGAAUUGUGUUAGACAAACACGCUCACAGCGUCUGCGUGAAUGGACAAGAAGUGGAAGUUGAGAACGAAUUUAUGGACGGCGGUGCAGAAAUUCUCUUCUCCGUUGGCGAUGUACCGGCCGCUAUCAGAUCUUAUAGCUCGGAGCAAAAAGAGAUCGGUAUAGCGUACGUUUUAUAUAUCAACGACGUUGAAAUACAGCAAGAAGCUUUAUUGGAAGAAUCUUAAAUAUAUACACCUUGACUUGUCUGAUUGUAAGAGUUUUCAUAUUUGAUAUACUAAUCGAUAAGUAUGUGCACACUAUCGAUAACCCCCUACGAAAAAGCAACGAAAUAAUUACUGUAUGUACAUCAGUAAUUUCUAAUGAUUCAAUUACUGGUAUACAGUAAUUUUCUAGUAAUUAUUUCGUUACUUUUUCGUAAGGUAUACUAUAAGUUAUACGCAUCAUAAAUGACGACAGCCUGUAAUGUGAAACACAAAAUGUGAAACACAAUAUUUAAAACUGUUAUUCUUGUAAAGAAAUAAUUACUGUAUGUACAUCAGUAAUUUCUAAUGAUUCAAUUACUAGUAUACAGUAAUUUUCUAGUAAUUAUUUCGUUACUUUUUCGUAAGGUACUAUAAGUUACAUGCAUCAUAAAUGACGACAGCCUGUAAUGUGAAACACAAAAUGUGAAACACAAUAUUUAAAACUGUUAUUCUUGUAAAGUCAGAUUUAAUCACAGUACUAUUGAAUGUGCCAUGCAACUUUGUGUACAAUUUUUAAACUAUGAGUGUAAAAUCAAAUUGUGUGAUAAAAUAAAAUGAAUACAAUAUAUUGUAA